AUGGGACCUGCGCCGCGAGAGCGACACAACGCGAAAUCAAGGCAAUCUACUGCUGGGUCACGGAAGAAGGGGAAACGAAAACGUCAAGACGUUACCGAAAUUGGCGAUGCCAAUGCCCUAAUUCAUGUGCCCAAGACCAACGAAGAGAGAGAGCUCACGCGACGGGAAAAAUUAAAGCAGGAGCUCCUUGCUGAAGGCGACAACAAAUGGAAUAACAAGAAAAAGAAGCGCCUGGAAAAAUAUAUUGACAAGAAAUUAAAGAAGGAAGAGCGGGUUCAGAUUCUGGAAAAACUAUCCCAGAGUCAAGCUCAGAUCACGAACACACUACACCUGCAAUCAUCUUCUACCCUCGGUACCGGAAGGGCGUCAACCCAUCGCGAACGCUUAGACAAACUAGAGGAUAUUGAAGUCCGCAAGGCACUUGAUGGUCGAGCCGGAAAACGGAAACGAAACGACGAAUAUGCUGUGACAAACGUGGAUGAAGACGACGAGGAUGAUACUGAACUUUUCCCUGGGCAUACUAGCCCUCCAGAAGUUGAAACGGUAGCCGAAGCUAAGAUAACGGAUGUUGUUCACCCUGAAUCUUCUGCUCAGCCCACUGCAUCAACUUCAGCGGCAGUUGGUAGUGCCCUACAGCGGAAUCCGGACGGUACCGUUGUUGCACCUAAAAUUCGUCCAAAGCGACAGAAAACGAAGUCAACGUUCUGUAGUUGGGAAAAAUCGAAAGCAAUUGCGGAAGAGGAUUCCGAGACGUCAUUUGACAGCUCCGACUCUGAAAAUGAUACUUCGGAUGAAGGAGGUGAAGAGCAACAUCUACCAGAGGAACUAGAGGCAGGAAGCAGUGAUGAGGAUGCAUCGGAAGAGGAUACGGCUCCGUCGCCGCCCAAACGAAGCCUCGGAUUCAAGGAUUGGGCUAGGAAACAACUCAGCGCCGCCAAGGGAUACGUUACUGCUGACCAGCAAAGUGCAUCACUCGCACCCAUGGAACCCAGGCCUCCGCCGAACAAAAAAAGAAAACUGGACAAGGAUUCUGGGCCGAUGGAGAUGCGAGGACCUUUGGGCGAGGACCUUGCACUCCCCGAUACAUCUUUCGCCCAACAACUAAAAAUGCCAAGCGAAAAUUCUACUAUAACAAAACCCAAAUCUGUGUCUGUGACGCGUCCUCCAGAUGUCGAAGAAGCUAGAAUCCUCCUUCCAAUUGUCUCUGAAGAGCAACCAAUCAUGGAGGCGAUCUUAUUGAAUCCUGUGGUAAUCAUAUGCGGCGAAACAGGCAGUGGCAAGACGACUCAAGUCCCACAAUUUCUCUAUGAAGCUGGUUUUGGCACGCCCGAUAGUGAAAACCCGGGAAUGAUCGGGAUUACACAACCACGGCGGGUAGCUGCAAUGUCCAUGGCUUCGCGUGUUGCCCAUGAAUUAUCUCUUACCUCAUCUCGGGUCUCGUACCAGAUUCGGUACGACGCAACAGUUUCUCCUUCUACUUCCAUCAAAUUCAUGACGGAUGGCGUCCUCCUACGAGAGCUGGCAACUGACUUUUUACUCAACAAAUACUCUGUCAUUAUUAUCGAUGAGGCGCAUGAGCGAAGCAUGAAUACUGACAUACUCAUCGGCGUAUUAAGUCGUGUUCUCAAGCUACGAGAACAGCUGUGGAAGGAGGGAAAAGAGGGUGCCAAGCCAUUAAGACUGAUAGUUAUGUCUGCUACACUCCGUGUCAGCGACUUUGCGGAGAACAAGACUUUGUUCCCAAAAUCUCCACCCGUGAUAAAUGUAGCGGCUCGUCAACAUCCUGUAACCGUUCACUUCAAUCGUCGAACAGUGGCCGAUUAUGUGACGGAGGCUAUCAAAAAGACCACUAAAAUACACACUCGUCUGCCUCCCGGCGGUAUCCUGAUCUUUUUAACAGGUCAAAAUGAGAUACAAGGGGUGUGCCGGAAGCUGGAGAGUCGAUUUGGUCAAAAGGCACUUCAAGAGAAACGCAAGAGACGAGGUGCAUUGCAGGCCAAGCUGCAGAACCCCAUGGAUCUGGAGGACAGCCAGAACGUCCGUACAAUUGGACCAGCGCUAGCUGACGUUGAAGCUGAAGAUUUGGAUCUGGGCAACUCCUCUAAGAUUGACGAAGAUCUUGCCAUUGAUGUUGACACUGCGGAUAUGGAAGAGGACCCGGAGGCACUAGACAGCGACGAGGAGGACGAGUUGGGAGAGGAACUGGGAGUAGAAUUCGACGACAAUGAUGUGCCGAUGCAUGUGGUUCCUCUCUAUUCCCUUCUAGCCAGCGACAAGCAGAUGAAAGUGUUCGAACCGCCGCCAUCUGGGACUCGUCUUGUGGUCGUCUCGACUAACGUGGCCGAAACGUCAUUGACCAUUCCUGGAAUUCGAUAUGUCGUAGACUGUGGACGCGCAAAGCAACGUCGAUAUGACAUCGCCAGUGGCAUACAGUCUUUCCAGGUCGAUUGGAUAUCGAAGGCUUCUGCGGCUCAGCGCUCUGGACGAGCUGGACGUACAGGUCCAGGACAUUGUUAUCGAUUAUAUUCGUCGGCCCUUUUUGAGCACUAUUUCGACUCCUUUUCUCAGCCCGAGAUACUCCAAAUGCCUAUCGAAGGUGUAGUGCUGCAAAUGAAAACCAUGCAUAUCGAUGCGGUAAUCAAUUUCCCUUUCCCGACACCACCCGAAAGACAAGCCCUUCAAAAGGCCGAGAAGAUUCUCACUCAUCUGGCGGCUCUAAAGAAUGGGGAAGUCACCGACUUAGGUCGCGCCAUGUCGUUAUUUCCUCUAUCUCCAAGGUUCGCGAGGAUGCUGGCAGGCAGUCAACAACAUCAAUGUCUGCCCUAUGUUAUUGCUAUCGUUUCUGCUCUGUCUGUUGGCGAUCCAUUUCUCCAUGACGAAGGCCUUGCGAUGAAUGAAAAUGGUGGUGAUGACGGAGAUGAUGACAAUGAUCUCGGACAUCUGAAGAGCGAAACCGUGAAAGCUAAAGAGGCUCUGCGCCUGCGCCGUAAGGCUUUCUUUCAGUCCCAGCAGACCCACUCUUCCCUAGGAAAGGGGACAAGCGACAUGUUCCGUGUGCUGUCUGUCGUUGGCGCCUAUGAAUAUGCGGGUGGUGGCUUGAAGUUCUGUGGCGAACAUUUCGUUCGACCGAAGGCUAUGGAAGAAAUACAUAAGCUUAGAGCACAGAUCAGCAACAUUGUUCAGGUCAAUUUUCCUGGCGUAAAGGCUGGUUUUGAGCCAAAUCUUCGUCUCCCAAACAAUGUUCAGAUCAAAGUGCUCCGGCAACUGCUUACUGCUGGGUUUAUUGAUCAAGUGGCAGUAAGGAAGGAUCGGGUCGAAAAGGUGUCCUCUGGAACACAGUACGCGUCUUCCAAGGGUGUGCCCUACAAAGCGAUCGGAAUAUCGGGCGAUGUCUUCAUACACCCUUCAUCGGUACUUGCUUCCAAAUCCCCGCCGGAGUAUGUCGUCUUUAACGAAGUCGUUCGCACCUCUCGUGUAUGGAUUAAAGGAGUUACUGUUGUCAAUCCGGCCUGGUUGGCAUCUCUGGGAAAAGGAUCCCUUUGUACAUUCUCUAAGCCGGUGAAGAAUAACGUUGGCAAUAUGAUGGUGAUCCCUCGAUUUGGGCCUGAGGCUUGGGAACUCCCUGCCAGUCAAAGCCGAGCUGAUAUCGUAGUACCUCAUAGCGUGGAACUCAGACAGAGUUGUUAG